UGAUGUUCAAAGCAAACUUGAAUUACAUCUAUCAAUAGUAGUUAAAACAUGUUAUCAAAAUAUUUUUGGAACAAAAACUGAAUAUUCUGGUUUGGCAGCUAUAAGUUUUGAAAAUGAGGAUAUUAUUCAAGAAUUGAUUAUUGAUAUAACCUUUUUUCUAAUAUUUAUUUACAUAGAAAAACUUCAUGUAGUUAUACCAAGUAUUAGUAAUCUAAAUGAAG